CUUUGCGAACCGCACAACGACAGACUGCACGCCAUGACUUCCACAACUCCCACAAUGGCCGAAAUCGAGUCCAAGAAACGUAAAAGAAAGCACAAGAAAUCCGCUCUUGCCGCCCCUGCUCCACCCGCCAGCAAUGGCACCGCCGAUGAAAAGCCCCGCAAGAAGUCUAAGAAAGCGCACACACCAGAACCUGAGGUAGAGGAUGUUGCGAAUAUUGCUAGCGACACUCAAGAUGAGGAGAAUGAAGAGGGGCUCAAUUUGGAGCUGAAGAAAAUUGCCGCGGACGCAAAGGUGGCCCAAGUUGAGGCAGAUGACGAGGCGGAUGGCGAACAGAACGGAGCAGACGACGAGCGGAACGAUGAUCUGCCUCCAGCCGACUUGACGUCCGGCACCUCAAUACCCACCGUCGACGACCCCGUCAAUUUCACGGAUCUGAAGCUCGGAGAUAGAACGAUGCAGGCUAUACAGGCGAUGGGUUUCGAGAGCAUGACGGAGAUUCAGAGGCGCGCAAUACCACCUCUAAUGGCAGGAAAGGAUGUGCUGGGUGCCGCAAAAACCGGCUCAGGGAAGACCUUGGCAUUUCUCAUACCUGCGAUCGAAAUGCUUUCCGCAAUGAAGUUCAAACCACGGAACGGAACUGGAGUGAUUGUCGUGUCACCCACCCGAGAGCUUGCAUUACAGAUUUUUGGAGUCGCAAGAGAGUUGCUUGAGAAGCACAGCCAGACGUUCGGUAUCGUGAUAGGCGGCGCCAAUCGACGAGCGGAAGCAGACAAGCUGGCCAAAGGCGUUAACCUGCUGAUCGCAACACCAGGCCGCCUCUUAGAUCACCUUCACAACACCGAAGGGUUCGUCUUCAAAAACCUCAAGAGCUUGAUCAUUGACGAAGCCGACCGCAUCCUCGAGGUCGGAUUCGAAGACGAAAUGAGAUCCAUCAUCAAGAUCCUGCCAAAGGACCGUCAGACCAUGCUAUUCUCAGCGACGCAGACCACGAAGGUUGAGGACCUCGCUCGCAUAUCGCUCAAGCCGGGACCUCUCUACAUCAAUGUCGACUACAGGAAAGAGCAUUCCACAGUGGAGGGGCUAGAACAAGGCUACGUGAUCUGUGACAGCGACACGAGGUUCCGACUUCUGUUCUCUUUCCUCAAGAAGCACCAGAAGAAGAAGAUCCUUGUCUUCUUCUCCUCGUGCAACGCGGUGAACUACUUUUCUGAGCUACUCAACUACAUCGACUUGCCUGUGAUGGCGUUACACGGCAAGCUCAAACAGCAAGCACGAACUAACAGAUUUUUCGAAUUCUGCAAUGCUAGCGCAGGCACGUUGAUAUGCACAGAUGUCGCGGCACGAGGAUUGGACAUACCUGAGGUCGACUGGGUGAUACAAUUCGACCCUCCGGACGAUCCGCGUGAUUACAUUCACCGGGUUGGCCGUACUGCGAGAGGAUCGAAUGGCAAAGGGCGCAGCUUGCUCUUCCUCCUCCCGAGCGAAGUCGGCUUUCUGAAGUUGCUGAAGGAGGCCCGGGUGCCUCUGGUAGAAUUCGAACUACCCAACAACAAAAUACUGAACAUCCAAAGCCAGCUUGAGGCCUUGAUAGGGAAGAACUACUAUCUCAACAAGUCCGCAAAAGAGGGCUAUCGCUCAUAUUUGCAUGCCUACGCGUCCCACAGUCUGAGGUCUAUAUUUGAUGUUCAUAAGCUGGAUCUUGUCAAAGUCGCCAAGUCGUUUGGCUUCGGAGCUCCGCCGCGGAUAGAUCUUACUCUAGGUGCGAGCUUGAGUAGAGACAAGAAAACAGAAGGUAGGAGGGCAUACGGGAGUCAGCCGAAGCAGGGGAAACGGCCUAUGAAGCCCAAGCGGGCAUGAUGAGGAGCUUUCAAGCUGAACGCGCGAGUUGAGGCAAACCUGAAGGCACGAUGUAUGACACGAGCGAAACGGUUUCUAGGCCGAGUAGGAAUGCCAAAGCAAUACUAUCUGGUCAGGAGUUUGCCAUUCAAGUUCACGGCUUUCUUAUCAAGGCGCUCCGCCAAGUGUAGCAAAAAUUAGUCCCAAAUAGGCUGCGCUGGUGAAUCCAACCAAACAGCUGCCUCUCCCGCGCAUACACGGAG